GCCCCGCCCUCACUUAAACGUCCAGAUGAGAGUCCAACUAAAAGCUUCCAGUCCAAAUUUUUCUUCGAGUCUCGUCACGACAUGACCGCCGGACACUGCGAACAGCGGCUCAUGGCAAGCAACCAGUAAGGGUGACUUACCUCGCCUCCAUUUUCUGCACACUGUGAGAUAUCAAAGGGAUCCUGGAUGGACCUGGGUGACAGCAGCUGGUCCAUGGUCAAGCGUGAAGUGUCCAGUAGCCCAGGGUCUCCUGCCGAGCAGAGCUACAUACCUGGGGACAGGAGAGACCGGCACGCAUCCGGUGAGCUGAGGUCAUGCGUGCCGGCACCGUCCCUUGGUGCAUCCAGGCGCCCUGAGGGCAGGCCGCUGCACUCCUACAGCCACUUCGGACAUCCGGUCAACGCCUUGCCCACUUCGGAGGACACUGCGCUCUUCACGGAUUUGGACCAGAGCAACAAGCUUAUCAUUUCAGGAGGAGCGCCUAAGAGUGGGCUCAUUGUGGACCCCAGCGACAUGUACCAGACCCUGGCCAUUGCCCAGACUCAGGCUGCAUAUGAGUCACCGUCGGCCAGUUAUAUGCACUCCAGCCCCAACUCUCCUGUGUAUGUGCCCACUUCUCGGGUAGGGCCCAUGAUACCAAGCCUGCCUUAUCUGCAGCCUAGCGUGUCAACGCAGCCCAGCCAUGGGGUCAGCAGUCACCCGGUAUGGUCGCAGUCUACUCCUGAAAGCCCGUCGUACAGCGCAGGUAGCCCCCACACCUCCAGCCGCUUUCACUACUCCCCGAGCCCACCCAUGAACAACAGCACAUCAAGGGACUCCAGUUACUCAAACCCGCUGAACGCCAACAGCAGGGACCAGUACCUGUCCCGGCCCAUUAGUGGAUCCUACGCCAGUCCAUACCCUCCUUAUGUGGGGCCACAGCUGCCGCAGCUGUCCCCGGCCUGGCCGGCUGCACCGUUUGAUAACUCCAUGCUUCAUUCUUUGCAGACCAGAGGAGCACCGCUCUCAAUCCGACCAGGACCUGGAGAUCUGUUGGAGGAUGUGCUGGAGGCACGCGAGUGCGUGAACUGCGGCUCCGUGUCCACGCCGCUGUGGAGGCGCGACGGAACCGGACACUUUCUCUGCAACGCCUGCGGCCUCUACAGCAAGAUGAACGGGCUGAGCCGGCCAUUAAUCAAACCGCAGAAGCGCAUGGCCUCUUCCCGCCGUUUGGGCCUCUCGUGCGCGAACUGUCAGACGAGCACGACGACGCUGUGGCGCAGGAACGCGGAGGGCGAGCCGGUGUGCAACGCGUGCGGGCUCUACACCAAACUGCACGGGGUGCCCAGACCUUUGGCUAUGAAGAAAGAAGGGAUUCAGACAAGGAAGAGGAAACCCAAAACCUUGAACAAAACAAAGGGAUCAUCAGGAAGUAGCUCUGUGCCCAUGACUCCAACAUCAUCAUCAUCCUCAUCCUCCUCAUCCUCCACCUCGGAGGAGAGCUCAAAGAACAGUCCUCCAUCCGCACAGGUGUCUGUGACCUCGGUGAACUCCUCCACUAUGGUGGGUCAGGUAGAGGUCCCAGGUACCACAGGCUCCAUAGUGAAGUACCCCGGCCAGGAGGGGCUGUACACAAACGUGGGACUAACGUCCACUGCCGACGUGGCAGCUUCCGUACGAGGGGACACUUGGUGCCCCAUGGCCUUGGCCUGACGCUCGCUUUCAUGGGACAGAACCCGCCUCCGGCUGAACGGAUGUUCCCUGGCGUUGUCCUUCAAACAGCUGCCUCUUUCCGGAGCCGUCCUCCGUUUUUCGGUCCAUGCUCAUGUAAUUUCUUCAGCCGUGGAGAGUUUGUGCGAAUGCUACUACUCCAGUUCGUUUUUCCCAUUCAUCCACGGAAUACUUUCUGGAUGUUUCCGAUGGAGACUAUGAGUGCCGGCAGAGGAGGAAUCUCGAGAGAUUGAGUCCCGCCUUGGGCCCUGACAUACAGAGCACAUGCUGCACUAUGAGGAGUACAUGGAUCAAAAUACCAUCUUUCAUGUGUACAUAUUACCGCUAAUGGAUUUCCCACCUGGAAAGAGAAGGUUGAUUGGACUGAGAUGAGAUGAACAGGAGAAAAAAAAUCCGAAAUGUUUGAUCGAAAACUGGAAAAAACCUCCCUCCCCAUUGAAAAUAAAUGUAUUUAUGACGCGGUUGUUAAAUGAAUGCUUAUAUUUGUCAAAAUAAAGGUAAUGUCUGUUAGAGUAGGACCUGCUCCUUGUUUUAAGUCUCCUUUUACAAGCAUAUCUUCGUUUGCAGUGAGGCUGUCGAUCACUAGUCUGCACACCCUUCCACUAAGAAAGCUCUUAUUGAAUUGUGUUGGUUUAAUACAGGGUAAAUGAAAGGAAUAGCUUGUUUUUGUUUUUUUUGUGCAUGAGUUCUUACAAGUUGCUGUAGAUUGGUGUCAAAUCAAAAUUUUGGUGCGUCAAAUGCAUCACGAAGUAAAUGGUACUACUUUGACUUGGGCAAAUUAGGGUUCAAUUGUAGUAAAAAAAAAAAAACAAAAAAAAAGCAACCAAAAAAACCCCCAAAAAUGCAACAUUGACUAGUAAUAUCCGUUGACAAUUAGAACAAAUAGCGCUCAGGAUUUCGUUUCUGAUGCAAAUUAAUUUUUUUUGUUACAAUACACAACUGCAAAAGAGGUCUGCUGCAAUAUUUUUUUGUUUAACACAACUACCUAACUUAUAGCAUUGGUAUGCUAAUGUGCUAAUGCUAAUGAAUCUGUUUUUAUUAUUUUUUUUACGAUGAAAAAUACAGUUCUGUGGUUGUCGGUUAUAUAUACUGAAGGAAGGGAUUUUUUUUUUAAUUUGUACAGUUAUGAAAACAUUACUCAAUGACGAAAGAGAGUGCUUUUUCUUAGUUAGCGUUUUAGCCGCAGACGUGCUGUCAAAGUAACUGAUGGCCCGAGUGGCACAGUCUGCUCAGCCUUGUCUUAGCGUUCAUGACAAGCAACUUGGGUGUAGAUAUACGGCUAUUCCAGAAGGAUCCAUUUAGACUUCUUCUGACUUUAAGUAGAGUCUAGGGAGCACUAGAAGGACCUGUUAGAAUAAUCUCUUGAAGGGUCGUCCUUCAUUCACUGUAGCGGGAAGAUUUCUAGAAAAGGUAAUUAAUUAGCUCAGCCUGGACACCGUGCGAGUAACACGCGCGACAUUCGAUGACGAUCCUUCUUCUCUUUUACGAGUUAUUUAUUUCUUAAAUGUGGUGUGUUUCUUAGAGGUGUUUUCUUAUUUUAUUCAGAUUAAAGUAUUUGUAUUCUAUGGUUGUAUUUUAUGUUUUAAUUUCAAUGUAAACAUGUUCGGAUUGUCGAUUUUGGUAAAAAAAAAAUGAGAGCUUCAGUUUUUCAGUUUUCCCUUGUCUUAAACGUACUUCAAGGUUCACCAUGAGGUUUUUUUCAAGAAAUUUCAAAUUUGAUGCUUUAAAUUUCUCAGUCUCAACAUUUUCAUAAUUAUCACAAGAUGUUUUGUACUUAUUUUUUCAAAACAAUGAAUUCACAACUAUUUUCCAGCUAUUUCUCCGUGAUUUAUGAGCUACCAUGUUUGGUAGAACAUCCACAAAUGGCUCUUCGCCUAAGGACUUUUAUUGAGCAAGCAAAGCCAGGUUGUUCUAAAAUCAUCUAUUUUGACUGAAGAUGUCGCAGAAUGUUCUAGUCCUCCAGAUGAGUUCACACUGGAAAAAAAUAAACAAGAGCAGUAACUUACCUGAAUGUGUUCUACUCUCCUUGAUGUUGUUCAUCUCUGGCUGGACUGUGUAUUCAUGUUCAUGAUGUUGUAUGUAAAUUAAUACAGAAUCUAUCUUCACCACUUGGAAAUAAAGUUUAUCCCAAAUCUA